UUGUGGCAGGAAUUUUCUCAGGUAAGUUAUAAGUUAAACCUAGAACCCAUUUAUGCAACAAAUUUUUAUGUUUAUUAAAGUACGAUAAGCGAAAAUAGAUAUGUGAAAUAUGUUCUUCAACUUGUGUCAAAAGUUAAGAAGUUUACGUAUAUUGUAUGAAAUGGCAUGUUCUACAUCCUUUAGUUUAGUCCCAAGAAGGAUCUAUGGAAUGUAAAUAAACUCCACAUCAAUUUGUGCUAAUUUUUCUGCAAGUAUUUCACAAAGUAUCUACAUUUAUGUAAAGUAGUAGUAAAAAUUGCCCAAUCUUCAUGGCAGUUGAAAUAGAUUGAGUCUUUUUUGUAAACAUUUCGCCAAUAUUAAUUGAAUUAAAAUAAAGUUAUGCAUUCUUGUUGAUUCAAGCAUGUGGUAAGUACAACUUAAUCACCUGUACGUCACAAAUUAAUUGGUUAAUGUUAUACUCUUUGCUGAACGAUGAUAUCUGUCACGUUUAAUAUGUCUAAGUUGGUGAACCAAGUAUGGCGCCGUAUUCGUCUCAAUCUUCUGUAGUUGGCAUUAAGGUUCCGUGUACUCUUUAUUUAGUCAAUUUCGUAAUGAUGCGAUUGUGUAGGCAUCGAAGUUGUUUAUGUACUGAUGUGUUGUAAUUCGUUGAGAUAUCCUGUAGCAGCUGUAAUAAUCUUUGUAUAUUAGCAAACCUCGUCAAAUAAAUAUCCUACGAAUUCGGCCAGAAAUUUGUGUAUUAAGAUGAAUGAUGAAGAGUCAGGUGUUCGCCUCAAUCGUCUGAAGCAAAAUGAAGUUACUGAUGAGAUACUCCUUGCACUUCAUUCACUGUUUGGAAAACCUUUUGAGAAAGCCCUAGAACUCCUUGAGUCAAGCUGUGUGGUUUAUGUGCGUUGUGGACAGGGGAGGUACGUUGUGCAGGUGACUGGUAGUUCUGGGACUCCCUACACAUUGUUCCCACAUGUGAACUUCUGUUCAUGCCCUGCAUAUCGUUAUCAGGUAAUCAGCACCCAGAAGUUUCUCACCUGCAAGCACAUCCUAGCAGCUCGCCUAGCUGAGAUAAUGCAGAAGGGUCGAGAUCUGUCAUUAAGUGUGGAGGAGCUGACUAGAAUCCUGUGUGCUGCUGUCAAGUUUGAUAGUGAUGGGGCAGAUCAUGACCCCUGGUCCACUCAUCUUGUGUGAUUAACUGCCCCCUGAUUUUGUGUAGGGGUCUCUGCUAGAUGACUUAGAGCAAUCAAAUGAAAGGUUUUGUGGGACAAGAACAUCUGCUUGGUACCACAUGACAGGCGUGUUUGGUUUUUGUAACUUGCCAUAUUUUGUUAAUGUAGGUUUGUUGUGUCUGAACACUGAAGAUCACAGUAGUAAUGCUGUGCCAAGGAAUUAUUAAAACAUUAAACUUGCACAAAAACUUUGGAACUUUACAGUGAGGAUAUUAAACUGUUCUGUUUUGCAAUACCAAUGUGUGUCACAUUUACAUAAAAUUGUCUUUGAUUAUAAUAGAAGAAUUUGUGCAUU